CUAGGCAUGCAGACUGCUUCUACAAAUAUUUGUGAAAGAGUGGGCCGCUCUCAGGAGCUCAGUGAAUUCAAGCGUGGUACUGCGACAGGUUGCCACCUGUGCAGUAAGUCCAUCCGCAAAAUUUCCUUGCUACUAAAUAUUCCACAGUCAACUGUUAGUGGUAUUAUAACAAAGUGGAAGCAGCUGGAAACAACAGCAAUGAAGCACGCCUCCACUGGACUCUAGAGUAGUGGAGACAUAUUCUCUUGAGUGACAAAUCACGCUUCUCUGUCUGGCAAUCCAAUGAACGUGUCUGAAUUUGGUGGUUGCCAGGAGGACGGUACUUGCCUGACUGCAGU